AUGGUUUCCCAGGGGAUCCAGAUCAUGGGCAUCGUCAUGUCGUUGAUCGGAUGGUUGAUGGUCAUCAUCGUGUGUGCCCUGCCUAUGUGGAAGGUCACAGCCUUCAUAGGAGCCAACAUCGUCACGGCACAAACCAUCUGGGAAGGAAUGUGGAUGAACUGUGUGGUGCAGAGCACGGGCCAGAUGCAGUGUAAGGUCUACGACUCCAUGCUGGCUCUACCCCAGGACCUCCAAGCCGCCAGAGCCAUGAUCAUCAUCUCCAUCCUGACCGGUAUCGUCGGCAUCUGCCUGUCGAUUGCAGGAGGGAAAUGCACCAACUGCAUAGCAGAGGAGGGGUCCAAGGCUAGAGCCUGUAUCGUGGCUGGAGUCCUCUACAUCAUCUCAGGCCUCCUCUGCCUCAUCCCAGUGUCCUGGUCAGCCAACACCAUCAUCAGGGAUUUCUACAACCCCCUGCUGAUCGAGGCCCAGAGGAGGGAGCUGGGGGCGUCUCUGUAUAUGGGCUGGGGUGCUGCAGCACUGCUGCUGAUGGGUGGGGGGCUGCUGUGCUGGAACUGUCCCCCCAAGCAGGACCGCCACUAUCCGGCCAAGUUCUCUCAGGUCAGAUCCACCUCCUCCGGACCAAUGCAAUAUGUCUGA